CGCUCCACAUUCAAGGUGCGGCUUCACUCGACAGGUGUCUUGAGUCAGGGCAUCGGCAACGGCUCUUAACGGAUUUUUUACGAAACAUUUAAAAAAUAUACAUACACAUAUUUUUAAAAUAAGUUUCUAAUAUUUUUGAUAAUUUAAGUCAUUUUAACGUCGGAGGAUUACGAAAACCGAGCUCAUUUGGAAAAGCAUUAGGCCUAUAACUUUACUGAACUGCUGCUUUCAGAUAUAGUUUAUCUUUUGUUCAUUGUGAGAAGAUGGCAAAUAAAGGACUGCAGCUCCUGGGAUUUACUCUGUCGCUUCUGGGGUUGAUUGGGCUCAUUGUUGGCACAAUUUUACCCCAAUGGAAGAUGUCUGCCUACGUUGGAGAUAAUAUAAUCACAGCGAUAGCGAUGUAUCAAGGGCUUUGGAUGUCUUGCGCUUUCCAGAGCACCGGACAAAUGCAGUGCAAGGUGUACGACUCCAUCUUACAACUCGAUAGUUCUCUCCAGGCAACUCGUGCCCUGAUGAUCGUUGGGAUCCUUCUCACAGUAGCAGGACUGGGUGUGGCCAGCAUGGGCAUGAAGUGCACUAACUGUGGUGGUGAUGACAAGGUCAAAAAGUCCCGCAUUGCCAUGACAGGCGGUAUAGUCCUCAUUGUUGGAGCUCUCUGUAGCAUUGUUGCCUGUGGCUGGUUUACAAAUCAAAUCGUCCGGGACUUCUAUAACCCCUUCACACCAGUCAACACAAAGUAUGAGUUUGGUGCGGCCAUUUUCAUCGCCUGGGCAGGUGCGUUCCUGGACAUAAUGGGUGGAGGCAUGUUGGCUGCCUCCUGCCCAAAGGGUAAAUCAUCUCCCAGGUACCCCAAGUCCUCCAGACCCCCCAGCAGCAGCAAGGAGUACGUUUGAUCCUUGGCAGCAGUUCACAAGCUGGAGAUCAUAAAUCACAGAGCAUCUGUAGAAGUUUCCCUAGUCAGCUGAUCUCAGAUCUUUUUAGAUUUUAACUUCUUGUAUUGUUAUUGUGUUUGACCUAGAAUAAAACAGACAGCUAAGAUCAGUGUCCUUGGGAAAUUUUUACUCGUGCUCGGAUACAGCAGCCCACUUCAGAAAAAGGUCACUUCGGUUUUCUUUCUUUUGAUAAGCACCAAGUCUGUUUUUUAUUUUCCUUUUAUAAAUCCUGUUACUGAUGUGAGUUUGGAAAGAGGGGGAUCUUCCCCAGUAUGUUCCUCAUUUCAUAAGACUGCCAUGUUUAGUGAACAUUAAAGAGAGAGGCAUGCUCAGGGAAAAAUCGUCACUCAUACCGCUCAUUAAGGCAUCAUCUCUAUUGUAAAGCCAUGUCCUGACCUCAUCUGUCUUGCUUGCUUUGUGGUUCACUUUAUGAAUUGUCAGACACUGAGGUGCAUGAAAAGAACAACUUAAAUAUCUCUUUUUUUUUUUUUUUUUUUUUUUUUUUUUUUUUUAAAGAGCCAAGGCCAACAUGCAAAUUUCUGGUUCACUUUGCUGCAUAAUUUCAGGCCGCUGACUGUGACAUAUCAGACCUUCUCUUUUCAAACAAUACUUCACUUUAUACAAAUCAUCUGAGGGAAGUUUCGCUCAUUGCUAUUGAAAGUAGUAGUGAAGUACUGAACUACUCAAAGAGAACUAUAAUGGUAUCGAGUGGUAUGUUGAUGGAAUUAGACUGAAAUUGCUGGCAUGCUUACAGAGCUAGACUGAAACUAGGUGGAUAAACAAAAGCUUGACUUUUUUUUUUUUGGGUGAGGCUAAAGAUAAAGAAACAAAAGCACUAAAAUUCUCAGUUAAGUCAGUUCUUUUGGGGGGUAAAUCAAAGAAAUGGCUCUUAUUUAAGCAAAGUUAAACUUUUUUUUUAGUUGCUUUUGUGCUUCAGCUCCUCAGUGUCCUUCCUGUUAAGCUAAUGUUACAAAAUCUUUCGACACUUCUUUCUUGUUUUAUACACACCAUUUAUUGGUCAGGAGAAAAGGCUGUAGAUAUUUGGUCAGUUUUAUCACAGCUGGUUACAAUCCAAAACUCACACAAAUUAUUAUUAUUAUUAUAUUUUUUUUUUUAAAUGAGCAUGUGAAAUGCAAAAAGCCCUCCAUCUAUGUUUUUUUUUUUUUUUUUUUUUUUUUGGUCUUUGUGCUUAGACCACUUGAGGUGGGUUGCCCUCAAGUCUAUUUAGGAUAGUCAUAUUAUUUGUAACCAGCUUAUGCAAAUAUUUAACUUUUUAAAAUGUUUUUGACUGUUCAGUUUGCAAUAUAAAAAAUUUUAUGUAAAUAAAUUUUUUAAAUCAA